CUGGUGCACCAAGUUUUGUUGUGUGAGGAUCAGUUACCAAAGUGCCUUUAUCCGGGACAGUCGCUAACACAGUUUGCUCUCUGUGGUACCCAUCUGCAGUUGCUCAAAGUGAUUUGCCGCGCUUCAUUUUGCAAAGUGCUCGUGGUCACAAUAAGCAGAAGAUUUAAUUGAAAAUCAGCGACGGUUCGGCUCUUGGAUACGUUUUUCAUCUUCGUUGGAGUUACAAAGACUUUUCUUGCUGCAACAAGUGAAUUUGCUUCAAGUUUUAAUUUAAAAGAUUUUUCUUUUAUUGCGAAAUCAACAAAAAGGAUUUAAGUGAAAAAUUUAAGGACUUAAGAAAAUAAGGAGAUAAAAAAAACAUUAAAGUGCUCCUUUAAGUGUAAUCUGGAAUUAGAAGCAGUUGGAAUACCUUUGAUGUGUCUUUAAAUAUGACUGUGACCAACAACUUUGGGACAAUGCAUCGGCCGUGUUUCAAUGGAUAUCCAUUUCAAGGUGAUAUGUCGACAGGUCAGGGACGUGUGAACCAACUUGGUGGCGUCUUCAUAAAUGGCCGACCCCUGCCAAAUCAUAUUCGACUGAAAAUUGUCGAGAUGGCUGCCGCCGGGGUGCGUCCUUGCGUCAUCUCGCGUCAACUCCGCGUCAGUCAUGGAUGUGUCUCCAAGAUUCUCAAUCGCUACCAGGAAACUGGAUCCAUUAGGCCCGGUGUGAUUGGUGGAUCGAAGCCGCGUGUGACAACACCGGAAGUGGAGACACGCAUUGAGGAGUACAAGCGUGAGAAUCCUGGCAUUUUUUCGUGGGAAAUUCGCGAUCGUCUCGUGAAGGAGGGUAUCUGUGAUCGUCCAUCGGCUCCAUCAAUUUCCGCCAUUUCACGCCUUCUCCGUGGCCGUGAUGGUGAGGAUGACAAACGCAUGGGGAUGAGUGGGCACGAUGGUUCACUAAAACCAUCCGAUGGGGAACUCUCUGAUUGCGACAGUGAACCCGGAAUACCACUGAAGAGGAAGCAGAGACGCUCCCGAACUACCUUCACGGCUAUACAGCUGGAUGAGCUUGAGAGAGCAUUUGAGCGUACCCAAUAUCCCGAUAUAUAUACGCGUGAGGAGCUUGCACAACGUACAAAGCUCACAGAAGCUCGAAUCCAGGUGUGGUUCAGCAAUCGCCGUGCGAGACUUCGGAAGCAAAUCUCCUCCAGCUCAUCCGGUGGUCCUCCCUAUUCAGCCAUCAAUAUGGCAGGAUCACUACCCUAUUCCACAAAUUCAGCCGUUCCCAGCUACCCCUUGAUGCCGCAACCCCUACCAGAACCGCCCAGUUUUGCCUCAACAGCUUCCCAAAUGCACGACUUCUACUCCUCGCAUUUGCAUCCUGUUCCUGGCCAUGGAACAGGCACCCCAGUCUCAUCAGCUCUGACUCAUCCAGCUCAUCUACACCAAAUCCACAAUCCAACCCCAAGCUACGCUCUUCAUUCCUCCUCCCCGCUGGCUAUCUCCUCAUCCAACACGUCCAGUAUUAACUCGGGAACAACUUACACCCCAUCGGAGUCUCACAAUGCAGCCCUCAAUGGCGCCACGGCGAGCACAACGUCCACAACUGGGGGCAACAAUAGCCCAACAGCAGCCAGUCACUUCCCCACAUCGGUGAACCUUCCACCCACGCCCAAUAGCCUGGUGACGAUGAUUGGACCCAAUUCUGGGAAUAGCAACAGCAAUGAAGCCACAACGGCGUCCGAGGUGGCCAUUGAGGGCGCCACGACGUCUCUAUCGCAAAUUAGUCAACAUUCUCUCUACUCUCCGUGGAAUCCGGCUGGACCGACGGCUACGAGGCCUCCACUAUCGCCUACAGAUCACCAUGGAGUGCCUGGAACAAGGAGUCCGCUGUACCACAACUUCAGCGGUUUGUCGUUGCACCAUCAACAGACGCCUUUUAUGCACCAACAGAACCUUACUGGGUAUUCCUCCCACACAUCUGCAUCCCAAAUUGGCAAAAACUUCGGAAUGCAGCAAUUCUACUCGUCCUGGUAGUAUUCAAGCUGCAAAUAAAUUCCCUAAUCUUCCGCACUGUGAGCUUCUUGCCCAGAAGGGAUAAAAUAUUGUGAAUAAUUUAAACAAAUCUCUUGCUUAACUAAAACAAAUUGAAGAAGACAAAAAACCAGCACUGAUUAAAAUUAAUUUCAUAUUUUUUAAAUCACAAAAAAGUCUCUAAAUGAUAAAUUUCAAGACGAUUUGUUGGGAAAAAACCUUCCCUCUGGGCCAAGAAGAAUCCCUUGUCAAAAAAUUGUAAAAUAUUUAGAUAUAAUAGUGUGUGAGUUUUGUGAGUCUUGUAUUGCAUAAGAUUGUUAAUAUUAAUGUAGACUUUUUGAGAGAGAGAGAGAGAAAGAAAAAUCACCUUUUCGAAGGAAUUCCUUGAAAUAUUAUUUUACACACCAAUAGCAAUUAAUAUAUUAUAUAUUGUAAAAUUGAAUAUUCUUCAGACAUUGUAUUUCUUUUUGCUCCUUCGUAGUCCAAAUAAAUUAUAUUUUGAAGAAAUUAA